CAAAAAGUUUCAGAACAACGAACAGGAAGAAGAAGACUUUGUGCGGAAGGACAGAGAAAUAGCCUCUACGUGAAGCUUUGAUCCUUUGAGAAUGGCAGAGGAAACAAAAAAGGCGUCUUCUUCAACAUCACAGCAAUCAUACGAUCACAAGCAAUCCGAUAAAACCGGCCUUAAACCUCAGGGUCAAGGUUCUUCUGAGUUUCGAGCUCACUCGCACGGUGAUUUUCCGAUGAACCCAGUCUAUUAUCCGGAUCUUGUUUCGAGCUCACUCGCAGUACGAGGAAGAACAGAUGAUGAAUCGUGGAGCUGCUCUGAGCCAAGCAAUGAGGCGGAGACUAGUAGGGGAGAAGGCCAAGGACAAGACGGACAACAACAACCUGCUCAUCAAAGGCGGGUCGUUGAAUGGAGAUUUGAGAUUGCGUUUCAGCUCGACUUCUUGUUGAUACUCAAGCUCGCUGCCGUAGUCUUUUUGUUCAGCCAAGAUGGAUCAAGACAAAGGCUUGCUGUUCUUGUGUUUUUCGCGACAAUACUGAAGCUCUUCGGCCACUUGUUCCAUGGCUUUCAAGAGUCCUGCAUAGAGCAGCAGCACCACCUCGUCCCUGGUAUGCAUAAUCAAGACUCUUCUACGCUUUGUCGUGUCCUCUCUUUCUCUUCCACUUCUGCAUCUCUUCACUCACUCGCCGACGCACUCAACGUCUUCCAGGUUUUCAAGAAAUACGUCGAGAUAGGACGAGUGGCUCUCGUCAACUUCGGAAAGGACUAUGGGAAGCUCGUCGACCAAAACAGGGCUCUUGUGGACGCCCUUGACAUGGAGAGGAUCCAGAUGAACUUGAAGAAGCUGUCCCUUACCGAUAUCAACAGAGUGCCUGAGAAGAAGACUCUGAUUGAGGCAAUGAAGAAAGCUGAGGGCUGGUUUGGUGAGGCAGGAGGAACUUGCAAAGCUCAAGAAAGAGUGCACCGCUUAAUGUUUUUUAUUUAAAAAAUGGUCAUAGGAUUGAUGAUUUUGGUAUCUUUGUUACAGGCUUGAUGAAUUUUGCUAGUUAGGAAAAGACAUUUAUGACCCUCUUUCGAAUUUGAUAUUAUAUGUGCGUUAUCAAUAUGUUUUAAGACAUUUUUUCAAGACUAGCUAACAAACAAUUAUUAUUAAAAGGUUUAUAUCAUAUAUUAAAAGAAAAGACAUUAUAUUUCUUUUGGCUUUGAUUAAUAAAUAACUGUAACUACA